CUUGCUCUCUCUAGACCGUGACAAACACCGGGACUGGGCAGCUGACCACCUUGGCAGACUUGUCAUUCGAGCCGUCGCGACGGGGAAAUCCCCUUUCUGUUUUCUGAACGCUGAUUGGUUCGUUGCACCCUUAUCUACCCAGACCACAAACAUGGACGACAAUCAACAUGGCUAGUUCACAGGAUAUCGUAUGCAGAUGCAAAAACACUUGUACUCGUGUAUCGAAGAGAGGAACAUGUCCGUGUCGCGCCGCCGGGAAACUGUGUUCAAGUUUGUGCUCAUGCGGAUGGAUGGUACCAUGCGUCAACAAACCCGAUUGCCAGCCCCCGAAGUUGAAGUCGAUCGACGUGGACUUCAGGGAUUUCACCGAUCGUGAUGUCAUCAGCACGGCACGAGACGAUAUGGAUGGUGACAUCAACCACACCCCUCCUCAACACAACCCCACCAAGAAGAGAAAGAGGAAGACUGCAGAUGGUAGCCGGGUGCGAAGAAGGCUCAAUGUCGACCAGGUUCCAGUGGAGGCUGACAGCACAGAUGACCUGGAAGCUGCAUCGACAACAUGCAUCAAUGACCUGGAAGCUGCACCGACAACAAACACAAGCUCAUCAUCCUGUCCACCAAAAGGCCCAUCAGCACACCAUAAGGCAGUCAAGGAUUUUGCGGCUUCAUUAGAUGUGACAGAGCUCAGGAGUAUAGUGACUGAACUUUUAUUUCGGGACCAGGGGCUUUUGACGACUUCCGCCUGGGAUACAGGCCCUGUGAUGAUCCACCAAGGCAGCCCCAACCAGACAACACACCAAGCUGGUGCAGAUGUGGCAAUUGUAGAAGCAUGCCAACAGCGCAAGAAGAGAAGUGCUGCUGGCAGACUGGCUCCUACGAGUGUGUUGUGGAUGGACCAAACUUUUAUACGGUGAUCUCCCCAGCGGUGCUAGACAUUGCAAUGGCACAUUAUAACGACUUCUUUGUACAUGACCAAGAGCGAAGUAAUGCAGCAUACAGACACCAGGCGUACAGACAGUUUAUCCUACAACGGUAUGGUCGACUG